CAGCGGCUGACAUCAAUGGGUGUUCCCUGGGAAAGGGAACUCUUGAGCCCAGCUCCUGGCGCCCCUUCCCCCACCGCCCAGGACAGCGCCAAACCCCUUAGAUCCUGCGGCGUAGAGAGGCCCUCUGCGCUCCCAGACCCUCCCUCUUCUCCAGGUCCCCGAGAGCAGCUCCUAUCCACCCCUUCCCCACUACCCCGCCGCGAAAGAGAAAGGGCGACUAGAAACCAGGGAGAGGAUGCUUGGAGCCCCGGGCGAGUCCUGGGCGCCACGCGGCCGAGCCCAGGAAAUGGAACCCCGUGCUGGGGUUACGAGGGGAGCUGUCCAGCCCCGCAGGCUGUUCUGAAGUCCCAGGAGUCCCUGGCUCAGCUUCUUCCCACCCCAGGUAGCAUGGAGUCCGAAGGGAAAACGGUGGAGAAGAACUAUGAGGCAAAUGUCAAUUUUUGCUGGGAAGAAUAUAAGAUUAAAAUGGACUCUAUCAAAAAGGAUUGGUGCGACUGGGCCAUGAUUAGCAGGCCUUAUAGCAACCUUCAGAAUUGCUUGGAGCAGAAGGCAGAAAUGUUUCAUCUGGGAUUCCCCAAUCCCUGGGCAGAACGGAUCAUCUUUGAGACUCACCAGAUCCACUUUGCCAACUGCUCCCUGGUGCAACCCACCUUCUCAGACCCCCCAGAGGAUGUGCUCUUGGCCAUGAUCAUAGCCCCCAUCUGCCUUAUCCCCUUCCUUGUCACCCUUGUGGUGUGGAGGAGUAAAGACAAUGAAGCCCAGGCCUAGGGUGGCAUGAGCUUCUCUUGGCAGUCUUUUACUCCUUUCCUCCUCCACCACCAGGUCUCUCUCCUCCCCUUCCUGUCUCCUCUUCUCACUUGCCUACCACAGAUCCCUGGACUGAUGGAAAGGGAAGCCUGGUGGGGCCAUGGCACAAGUCUGGAAUAUUCCAAAUAAAAUUAUUUUUGGUACCAUC